CCUUUUCUUCCCACAGACACGCAGCAUGGACAGCAAAACAAUAGUCGUGUCAUCGAGAACACGUGAGCGAUACCUAGUUGACGACGCCAUAUAUCCCCAGAGCACCGUACGCCUCCAGAAUCUUUGCCAGAGCUGUGCUCAAGUAGGACAAAAUGCAGAUCUCGACAAGGAGGAAUUCAAGCUGAAGCUCGGUCUUACUAGCAGGUUCGAAAAGCAGAAAGACAGUUGCCACUUGUGUGCAAUGAUUUGGGGCUAUCGUCAGAGAAUGUCCAAGGACGACCUUAAGCUCGGUAUGACUUCAGAUGAUGAGGGAGUUUAUUUGGAAAGGGAGAGGCAUAGACGGUUCAGUUUCCAGUUUAAGAGUGCAUAUCUGGACCUUAGGUGUGAGGGCUUGCAACUCGACCGUCUCGAUGGGAGUGAUCCAAUCUACAAAAAUCUAGUUUCACAAAUCGAAGCCCUGAAUCCAGCUCUGGCAGAUCUCGAGGUAGCUGUGAAGUGGUUUCAAGACUGCUGUAACAAUCAUGAUACCUGCGAAUCCACCAUCAAAGCCUCGCCCACUGUUCAUGCCCUACCCAGGCGCCUGCUGGAGAUUACGAAAAGCGGAGUAAAGAUGGUCUAUAGCGACACGAAAGUCAAGUCCCCCAAAUACGUCACCUUGAGCCAUAUGUGGGGUCAGAAUCCAGACCAUCAAUUGAAGUUACAGCCGUCUACGUCGAAAGCGUUGUUUAAAGGAAUAACGGACGAGGAGCUACCGCACUUAUUCCGCAAAGGUGUCCGGAUAACUCGUUAUCUACAUAUAAACUACCUAUGGAUCGAUUCCCUUUGCAUUCUUCAGCAGCCCGAUGAUGGCCAAGCAGACGCCACAGCUUCCGAAGACUGGGAACAAGAAGGCAUCAAGAUGGCAGGCAUCUAUAGCAACGCCAUUCUAAAUAUUUCUUUUCUUUACCCCCCUGAAGACGACCGCAAGAUUUCCCACGACCCGAGACGACGCCUACCGUGCAUACUACGCCCUGCUCUGAACGCAGAGCCCGCAAUUGUCGCCACGCCGUCAAUACCCACAAACAGAGAGGAUUGGAGAUUAUCAAGAACCUGGCCUUUGUCGUCCCGCGCAUGGGCCUUCCAAGAGUCCCUGCUCAGCUCUCGGACACUAUUCUAUGGCCGCAACAACUUCUUAUGGCAAUGCGCAAAGCAGUUUUGCGAUCAGUCAGUAGGCCGUAUCCAAAGACAAUAUCCUGGCAACAUCCCCAAGGAGUAUCUGCAUGUGUCGCUCGAGAGCAACAUCAGGACGCAGGUUUGGCUCUACCGUACGUGGGAAAAUUGUGUACUCGAAUAUCGGCGAAGGGCCUUGACUGUGCAUUCUGACAGGAUCAUGGCCCUCGCCGGUGUCGCGCAACGAUUCGCAGAAACUCAACAUCUGACAUACCUGGCCGGCCACUUCCGGGAGCACAUGCCCUUGUCGCUCGUGUGGCAUCAGCGGGAGAAGGGAGCAGUGCUGGAAGACAAAGUCAUCAAUGCACCUUCUUGGUCUUGGUUUUCUGCACGCAUAUCUGUCGCGGCUUUUGAAGGAGCGUCUGAUUUGAGAUUCUCGGGUCUGGAGAAUUUUCCUGAAGACCGUAUUAUAUUUCGUGCCCGGGUAGUGAGGUAUCAAUGGCCUGGUCUGGAUCCAGAUAUCCCGUCAGAGACGGCGUUCAUUGACUUUAAAGCGCUGAUAUGCGAAGAACUUAAGUCUGCGUAUCGAACAACUCCCAAUAAAACCGACUAUCUCAGUUACACACCCAACGCUUACAAUUCUGAAAAUAAGUCAGUUCUGUGCGCUGAGGUACAAGUUGCAGUGCUGUUCCAGCAUGCCGCCGAACUGACGAGCACCAAAUCCCAUGGACUAGUCCUCAAACCUGUCGCCGGGAGGAUAAAUACCUGGACGAGGGAAGGGUCGUGGCGUAUGACACAGUCGUUUGAAUGGGAAAGUGAGGAGAGCUUACAGAUAAGGAAGGAGCGUUUCUGGGCAGAAAACAAACGCCGAUUGAGAGAAAUCACGCUUGUCUGAGCAGGUGAAUAUACACGUGCCCACUGCCCAUUGCCAAUACCCCUCUUCUCAAACGGCACUUUCGCCUGUUGGCACAAUUUCAGCCAGCGAGCUCUCAGACCUCUUUCGAAAUUCGUGGAGCGCAAAACCAGGAUCAUACCAACAAUUACUCCAGGCACCGCCCACACAUCCGACCCGCCCACUCUUCACCAUCGAGGUGGUUUCUUCUUGGAGUGCGAA